AUGCCCGCUCCGAGGGACGUCAGUCAACUUCGCUUUUUUCUGGGACUCAUCAAUUUCUACGGAAACUUCGUCAAGGAUCUCCACAAUCUACGCGCUCCUUUGGACGCUCUUACGAAAAAGGAUGUUGUCUACACAUGGACACCAGAGUGCCAGUCUUCUUUCGACAAGAUUAAGGCAAUCCUCAGCUCGGAUCUCCUGUUUACCCACUUUGACCCAAGUCUCCCUAUCAUUGCCGCCGCUGAUGCUUCAAAUUACGGAAUGGGAGCAACCCUCUCAAAUCGCUUCGCAGAUGGAUGCGAGAAGGAUUUCGGCCAAGUGGACGCUCUUUCACGCCUCAUCUUGUCAGAAUCAUCGAUACCGGAGGAGUACGUGAUCGCCCCAAUAGAUGCUGAUGUCACUUCUGAGUUCUCAGAGAACUGUCGUCAUCUUCCAGUAUCCGCUGAAUCCAUUCGGAUUGAUACGCAAGCAGAUCGUCUUAUCCAGCUUGUGAUCAACUAUACGAAGUCCGGAAACUGGCCCAAGGUCAACUGCCAUUUUCCUCCGUGGCACUACUACAACCGUAGCAAUACCAUGACAACAGUCAAAGAAUGUCUGCUCACUGCAUCCCGCAUAGUGAUUCCAAAAUCACUUCAACAUCGUGUUCUUUCAGCAGUACACAAACCUCAUCCAGGCCAAACAAGGAUGAAAAUGCUUGCAAGAAGCUUUGUCUAUUGGCCUCCAGUGGGUUCGGACAUCGAAAAACUUGUCAAGACCUGUCCAAGAUGUGCAUCGGUGACAAAGGAUUCGAUCAAAGCUGAACUACAUUCAUGGCCGAAACCGCACUUGCCGUGGACUGGAGUUCAUGCUGAUUUCGCUGCACUAAUGGAAGAACUAUACUAUCUACUUAUCGUGGACGGCUACUCCAAGGGCUGA